UUUUUUCUAUCGAUUUACUAUCAAAUUCAUGUCAACAUCCAAAAACAACUUAUUAACACGCGGUCAAGCUAUAUGCCUUGUACUUGAUAUGGUUCCCACUGUUGACAACCGACGAAAAGGAAAUGACAUAGUAGAUAACAACGUGUUUAGUGUUACGUAUACCGAAGAGCAAGGCCCUCAACAUCCUUUUGCUAUGGGGAAAUCAAUUAUCGAGAAGAAUCCGUUUACGUACAAGACUUAUCCUAGGACGCCACCUACUAGUCCAAUUUUAUAUCCAAGCAAUGUUGUGGCCAGUGAUAAUAUCAGCGGUUUCAACAACAACAGUAAGAACGACAAUAGCGACGAUAGCGACGAUAGCGCCGAUGAUUCAAUUGUCUACAGCCUCCAAAGUUUACUAUCGAUCACCAAGUCAAUGUUUUUUAAGACUGCUGAAAACAAAGAUAUCUUUGACUAUGCCUUUUAUACCACGACGGACAUCUACAACAACAUCACCAAGCAACUGCCACAACUGCCCAAGUUUAUGGAUACGACAAAGUUUGGAAAACUUAUCAAAGACAAAGACUUCGGCGAACGGGUCUCCAAACGUGUCGAUGGAAAGAAUAUCAAAGGACGAAUGUUGUACAAGCUCAAGGACAAUGCUAUAGGAAAUUUGGUGGAAUCAACGUCUGCCUUCCGCACAGAAAUCAAUAACAAUGGUAGCAAUUGGAUAAAUGUUGGAUAUGUUAGGAAAUCUCCAGGCAUUGAAAGCGUGGAGACACGGCAAAGGCUCCUCGAGGCAAUGAUCAUGAAGUUAAGGAACCGAUGUCUCUGUCGUUAUAUCUUCACCUCUACCAGCUCAACAUCAUCUUCACCGAUCUUAGAAAGAGAUUUCUUAGCGGACAACAAUACCAACAGCAAUAACAACAUCAAGGCAACCAGCUUGGCUUAUUGCGAUGGGGACACUCAAGCAAUGGUCGACUUCAUUGGACACUCAAUCAAAAAGAUUCGGCUUUGUGUGAUUUCAUACGCUGGUUUAUCAAACAAUCCUGGAGACAUUGCCACAUUUUUAAAGAGCUGUAAAAUGAUCAAAUCAAUCGUGGUGGAUCAUGACAGCCAUAUAGAAUCGCUCAGCAGGUAUUCUCUUCUGCAUGGGAACAAGAAUAAAAUUGAGCUAUUCAAAUCAAGAUCUGGUUGUGUGAAACGGUCAACAUAGUUCUUCUCAUUCCCCAAUUUUAUUAAUCUCAUCAUUCCUCCCUUUUCCCUCGACAUUGUGUUAUUCCUCUCUCCUUUUAUAUUUGUUUCUUUUACUAUUUACCCGGAACUCAUUAAAGAAAGAGCAUUGUUUGUUUUCAUU